GCAAGCCACCAAUGCAAAUCCCCUCGACAAGAUUCUUCAUGGCAGUGUUGGCUAUCUCACCCCCAGGAGUGGAGGGCUUCUGAUGAAUCUCAAGUAUUACGUCUCACCCUAUGAUUUAUUUGAAGAUGGCACUGGAGCCCCCAUUAUUUUGCAUGAGAACAAUGUUCCUCGCUCUUUGGGUAUGAAUGUGUCGGUAACAGUUGAGGGAACCAUGACAAUGUACAAACUUCCAAUUGCACCGUUGAUUAUGGGCUCUCACCCAGUCGACAGCAAAGGAACUCCGUCUUUCUCGUCAAUCACCAGUGCCAAUAGUGUGGAUUUACCAGCUUGUUUCUUCCUGAAAUUCCCACGUCCCGUUCCGGUGUCUCGAGCUUUCAUUCAAAAACUUCAGGGCUGCACAGGUAUUCCUUUGUUCGACACACCGCCCACGUUUGUGCCCCUGUACGAGUUGAUCACACAGUUUGAAUUAUCCAAGGAGGCUGAUCCUUUACCUUUAAUCCACAAUAUGCGCUUCUAUGCAGCUCUUCCAGGACAGCAGCACUGUUACUUUCUGAACAAAGAUGCUCCUCUCCCAGAUGGAAGAAGCCUUCAAGGAACUCUGAUCAGUAAAAUCGCCUUCCAGCACCCUGGGCGGGUUCCUCUCAUCCUCAAUUUGAUCAGACAUCAGGUGGCGUACAACACGCUGAUUGGCAGCUGUGUCAAGCGAACAGUUUUGAAGGAAGAUUCUCCUGGGAUCCUGCAGUUUGAAGUUUGUCCUCUCUCUGACUCCUGUUUUAGUGUAUCCUUUCAGCAUCCUGUGAAUGACUCCCUGGUGUGUGUGGUAAUGGAUGUGCAAGACUCUACUCACGUGAACUGUAAGCUGUACAAAGGGUUGUCUGAUGCUCUUAUCUGUACAGAUGAUUUCAUUGCCAAAGUUGUUCAAAGAUGUAUGUCCAUUCCUGUCACCAUGAGAGCAAUUCGUAGAAAAGCAGAAACGAUUCAAGCAGACACCCCAGCCUUGUCCCUCAUUGCAGAGACAGUAGAAGAUAUGGUGAAGAAAAAUCUUCCCCCAGCCAGCAGCCCAGGGUAUGGCAUGACCACAGGCAGCAACCCAAUGAGUGGUACCACUACCCCAACAAACACUUUUCCUGGGGGGCCCAUCACUACUUUGUUUAACAUGAGCAUAAGCAUGAAAGAGAGGCAUGACUCGGUGGGCCAUGGGGAGGACUUCAGCAAAGUGUCUCAGAACCCUAUUCUCACUAGUUUGUUGCAGAUCACAGGGAAUGUGGGGUCAACCAUUGGCUCAAGUCCAACCCCUCCCCAUCACACACCACCACCAGUAUCCUCACCAGCAAGCAACACCAAGAACCACCCCAUGCUCAUGAACCUUCUUAAAGAGAAUCCCCCUCAGGAUUUCUCCACUCUGUAUGGGAGCAGCCCUCUCGAAAGGCAGAACUCUUCCUCUGGCUCCCCUAGAAUGGAAAUGGGCCCUGGGGGGAAUAAGCAAAAGAAAAAAAAAUCCCGCAUGCCGGCCGACAAGCCCAAGCAUCAGACUGAGGAUGAUUUCCAGAGGGAGCUCUUUUCAAUGGAUGUUGACUCCCAGAAUCCCAUUUUUGAUGUCAACAUGACUGCAGAUACCCUGGACACCCCUCAUAUUACUCCAGCACCCAGCCAAUGCAGCACUCCUCCUACUACAUACCCGCAGCCUAUACCUCACUCGCAGCCCAGUAUUCAGAGAAUGGUUCGACUUUCUAGUUCGGACAGCAUUGGAGCCGAUGUUACUGAUAUCCUUUCGGAUAUAGCAGAGGAGGCUUCCAAGCUACCCGCCACUAAUGAGGACUGUCCACCCAUUGGUACUCCUGUAAGAGACUCUUCUAGUUCAGGACAUUCACAAAGUGCCCUCUUUGACCCUGAUGUUUUUCAGACAAACAAUAGUGAGAACCCUUACACAGAUCCAGCAGACCUGAUAGCAGAUGCUGCUGUGAGCCCCAACAGUGAUUCUUCAAACCAUUUUUUUCCAGAUGGAGUAGAUUUCAAUCCUGACUUGCUGAACAGUCAGAGUCAAAGUGGCUUUGGGGAGGAGUACUUUGAUGAGAGUAGUCAGAGUGGAGACACUGAUGAUUUCAAGGGCUAUGCAUCCCAGGCUCUAAAUACUCUGGGGGUGCAAGUCUUGGGGACCGAUGGGGGGGAAAAUAAGUUUAAGGGGAGCAAUCAGUCCGAUACGGUAGAUUUUAGUAUUAUUGCAGCUGCAAGCAAAGCACUGGGGUCCUCUGACAUCAUGGAGCAUCACAGUGGAGGUCAGAGCCCUUUACUGAAUACAGGGGAUUUAGGAAAAGAAAAAUCUCAGAAACGGGUAAAGGAAGGCAAUGGUUCUGGGAGUAACAUGGCAGGUCCCGGAAUAGACGGGAAGGCAGGGAAGCGCAGCCGGACGCCAUCCAGUGAUGGUAAAAGUAAGGAGAAACUUCCAAAGCGGAAGAAGCAGGAGACAGAUGGGAAGUCUCCAUCUCACAGUUCAUCCAACAGGCCUUUCACGCCACCAGCAAGCACGGGUGGGUCCAAAUCUCCUGGGAGCUCAGGCAGAUCGCAGACUCCUCCUGGUGUAGCUACUCCUCCUAUUCCCAAAAUAACCAUUCAGAUCCCAAAAGGAACAGUGACUGUUGGCAAACCGUCUUCGCAUGGCCAGUAUACGAGUAGUGGCUCCGUCACCUCCUCCAGCAGCAAAAGCCAUCAUAGCCAUUCUUCCUCCUCCUCCUCUUCUUCUUCCUCUUCAACCUCAGGCAAAAUUAAAAGCAGCAAAUCAGAAGGGUCUUCUGGCUCAAAGAUGAGCAGCAGCCUCUACUCAAGCCAAGGUGGCUCAAGUUCAGGUCAGUCCAAGAGCUCCGCGCAGUCGGUGGGAAAGCCGGGAUCCUCCCCCAUCACCAAACACGGCCUCAGCAGUGGUUCUGGAAGCACCAAGAUGAAACCUCAAGGAAAGCCAUCGUCACUUAUGAACCCUUCCAUGAGUAAACCAAACAUCUCCCCAUCUCAUUCUAGACCCUCGGGAGGUUCUGACAAGCUUGCUUCUCCCAUGAAACCUGUCCCAGGUACUCCCCCAUCAUCUAAAGCAAAGUCACCUAUCAGUUCAGGUUCUGGAGGCUCCCAUAUGUCUGGGACGGGCUCAAGUUCAAGUAUGAAAUCGUCUUCAGGAAUGGGCUCAUCUGGGUCAAUGUCACAGAAACCACCUCCUUCAUCAAAUUCUUCGACAGCAUCGUCAUCUUCCUUUUCGUCCAGUGGGUCUUCCAUGUCUUCGUCUCAAAACCAGCAUGGAAGUUCCAAAGGGAAGUCUCCGAGCAGAAACAAGAAGCCAUCUCUGACUGCAGUCAUAGACAAACUUAAACACGGGGUUGUCACUAGCGGGCCCGGUGGAGAGGACCCAAUGGAUGGACAAAUGGGCCCGAGUUCCAAUUCCUCAAGCCAUACUAUGUCCUCCAAACACAAUAUGUCUGGAGGUGAGUUCCAGGGCAAACGUGAGAAGAGCGACAAAGAUAAAUCGAAAGUCUCUGUUUCUGGAGGAUCUGUUGACUCUUCCAAGAAGACUUCAGAUUCCAAAAACGUUGGAAGCACUGGAGUGGCCAAAAUUAUCAUCAGCAAACACGAUGGUGGUUCCCCUAGCAUUAAAGCCAAAGUAACUCUGCAGAAACCUGGGGAAGGAGGUGGGGAUAGCCUACGGCCUCAGAUGGCUUCUUCCAAAAGCUACGGGUCCCCUCUGAUCAGUGGCUCUACUCCAAAACACGAACGCUGCUCUCCCAGCCACAGUAAGUCACCAGCAUACACUCCCCAAAAUAUAGACAGCGAGAGUGAGUCGGGCUCUUCCAUAGCAGAGAAAUCUUAUCAGAACAGCCCCAGCUCUGAUGAUGGCAUUAGGCCUUUGCCUGAGUAUAGCUCAGAAAAACACAAGAAACACAAAAAAGAGAAGAAAAAAGUGAAAGACAAAGACCGGGACAGAGAUCGGGAUCGGGAUAAAGACAGAGACAAGAAGAAAUCUCACAGCAUGAAGCCCGAGAGCUGGUCUAAGUCCCCAAUUUCGGCGGACCAGUCUCUCUCCAUGACGAGCAGCGCUAUCCUUUCAGCUGAGCGACCGUCCCGGGCGAGCCCUGAGUUUUUGAUCGGGGAAGAAGAUGACGAUCUAAUGGAUGUUGCUCUAAUUGGCAAUUAA